CUCGACUCCUUUUCCAUUCUCCAAUUCCUAUCAUUUUCACGAUCCAGACUCAUCCAACCUUCCAGCGCCCACCGAUAUUGACAGGGAGUCUACCAAAGUCAUGGCAGACGCGCGUACCUCGCGGAUCCCAAUUUUAUGCCACGAGUGAAUCCGUGCGCGUGGAAGGGCUCACGGGCCGGAUGUCAAGCCAUUAUCGGACUCGGAGGUUUGGUCGCCGUGCCCUGGUCGCCGCAUGGUGAUGUUUACAACUGCCGUCUUUGACAGCUCGUCGGUUAGGGCUAGGCGACGAGGGUUUGUGCGCAUUGCUACCCACCGUCGUUUCACCGAACUCUGGGCGGUGUCUCAAAAGGGCAUUGAGGUAAUCAUUACCUGCCCGAUUAGUCCGAUAUAUCGGAACUACAACCGAACUACAACAGUAGAUCCGUUUCGAGCAAACAGGAAACUAGAAUUACAGGACUCACCGUGUGAAGUCACCGCGGUCAUCACCCUGUCAAUCACAAAUUCCUAUUCACUCCUCCUCAUUAGACCAGGCUCUGCAACAUUGUCGACUAUCAACACCAUGGUACGAACUUCUCUCUUGACGUACCUGGCCCUGGGCCUAGGAAGCACCACUGUGCUCGCAGCCAACUGUGGUCAAGUCCCCAGUCAAGUUUCCAGUCAAAUCCCCACGGGCACUUUGACGCCAGUCACCAACUUCGGCGAGAACCCAACCGGCCUGGAUCUCCAGAUCUACGUUCCCAAGGACCUAUCCCCCAAUCCCGCUGUCAUCCUAGCCCUCCAUAUGUGCGGCGGCACCGGCCCCCAAUACUUCCAGCAGUCCCAGUACAGCCCCCUCGCCGACGCGCGCCGCUCCUUCGUCGUCCUCUACCCCUCCACCCCGCACGACAACCACUGCUGGGACGUGGCCUCUAACAAGUCUCUCACCCGCGACGCCGGCGGCGACACCACCUCGCUCGCCAACAUGGUGCGCUGGGCCAUCUCCGAGUUCGACGCCGACCCAUCCAAGGUCUUCGUCACCGGCUCCUCUUCGGGUUGCAUGAUGUCCAACGUCAUGGCCGCCGCCUACCCCGACCUGUUCUCUGCUGUCUCAUGCUACUCCGGUGUAGCCGCCGGUUGUCUGGCUGGCCCCCUCGGUUCUAGCCCGACGACGUCGGAUCCGACUUGCGCCGCUGGUAAGAACAGAAAGACGGGGCCGGAGUGGGCGGCCAUCCUCAAGGGAAUUUAUGGAACACCAGCGGGAUAUACGGAGGGCAAGUAUCCCAAGGUGCAGACGUGGCAUGGAGAGGCGGAUUUCUUUGUUAAUUAUUAUACGAAUUUGGCGGAGCAGUUGAAGCAGUGGUCUACGGUGCAUGGGGUUUCGUUUAGCAAGAAUGCGACGGAUACGCCCGACAGUGGGUACACGAAGAUUGUGUACGGGGAUGGAAGCAAACUGGUUGGGUACUCGGCGAGGGGGGUGGGACAUACGGUGCCGGUGCAUCCUGAGUUGGAUUUGCAGUGGUUUGGGUUGUAAUGGAGGGGAUGCCCCUGGGGGAGGUUGAGAGGGAGUGCGUGGGAGAGUGGUCGGGUGGUGGGUGGUGAUAUUGGAUAUCUAGUGAAGAAUGAACAGGUGCGGUCUCGUUUCCGUUGUAAGCAGAACAGGUUCUGAUGAGUUGAAUACUAAAG